CUCCCUCGUCAACGGCUUUUCUCUUCUUCCUACUUCCUUCCUUCUCCUUUUCUUCUCCCCCAGCCUCUCCCCCCUCCUCUGAAUUCCUCGCUCCUUCUCCCUCUCGCGCGCCUGUGUAUAUACACAGCACAUACCGCUGAAGCUGCGAAAUCAGAAGGAAGGAUCCGCCUCUGACUUUUCUUUUGUGAUUCGGGUCCUAUUCCGUGAGGGGGUUUGAGUGUUUUCUUGGAGAAGUUUUGAGUUCCUCUCGAGAGGGUCUUUCUGCUUUCUUUAGGGAGGAUUGUUAGUUGGAUGCUUGCUCAGUUUGAGUUGUUGGAAAGGGUGGCAGGAGGCACCUUUUAUUGGGGGUGAUAUUUAUGUUUCUCUGAGGAAUUGGGGGGGUUAAAUUAGCCACCUGAGGUUCUUGCUUGGGAGGAUUUGGUGAACUUGGGAGGAAGAGCUUACUUCAAUCCUGCUCUUCUUUUUGAUAGAUUUGGGUGACUGGGGGCACUCUUAGUUUUAUCCUUGGUAAAAGGGCACAAACUUGGAGUCCUGUGAACCUUUCUUGGGAGGAAUUGGAGUGGAAGGGGCCAUCUUUUGGUCUUGAUUUCUGGUGAUUUGAUCUAGGUCUACCAAGGUGGUUGAUAUGAAAGGAGCACUAUGCUAACUCUUUUUUGAGGAAAGAGUCCAAUUUAGUACUUCUCUGGGGAACGAUUUGGCCCUUCUGUAGUUCUGUGCCUUCCUUUGGAGGACUGUGGUCUGUUCCUCCAAGUAUUUGGGUGAAAAAAGGAGGGAGUUUUAGAAUUUCCUUUGUACAGGCUGUGCUCUUUCACCUCACAGAUCCAAAGUGGCCGAUGGCGCAACCUGACAUUCCUGCAUUUGGGGAUUGGGAAACCACCGGCAACACCCCUUACACACAAAAGUUUGAGGAUGCACGGAAGAACAAGAAAACAGGAAUUCCUUCCCACCCAAAUGAUCCAAGGAGGGACCCUGAACCUCCUCGCAAGUCGCCUUUGCAUCCAUCGGCGUACAAACCUGAUCCUCGAGACCAUGGUCCAAAGAAUCCACCACAUGGAACAAGACCUGAAACUGAUCAGCGACGACACUCCGAACACCCUACGAACCGUGAGUCUGCACCACGGAGACAUGCAAAUCCUCAGCGAGAACAAGGGGGCAAUGCUAGUGCACCGAGAAGCCCCUACAGAACAGGAGCUGGGUCUGCUUCACCAAUGCAGCCAAACAACCAAUCAAAGCCGAAGCACAGGUCCACUGGAAUGCAGACUCCAGAAAGGAGGGUAUCAUCAGAGGGGCAUGGCCAGCAUACUCCUGGAAGGAGCAGGAUGAAGCAGAGUGACCGAGGCUACGAGCCUGAAGAGGAAGUGGCUGUACCACCCUUUGGUGAGUGGGAUGACGCAAAUGCAGCAUCUGGUGAAGCGUACACUGGUAUUUUCAACAGGGUGAGGAACGAUAGGUUAUCACCUAAUUCUUCUGCUAGGCAACCAUCUACUAACCACGGCCAGGAGAAUAAAGUGCAACAGAAAUGUCCUUGCUGUAUACUUUGAGAAAAUGAGGAUAGGAUCUCAAAGAGUUGUGGAGAACUUCCUAUGCUACGCCUGCGAUCAGAUCACUAUUCUUGUGACUCUUCCUUCAUGUGCUACUUUUCAUGUUUGUUAUUGUUGGUCUGUAAUUGAAUUGUUGUAUCAUUUUAAGCUCUUUGCGUACAUGGAACAUACAUAUGAUACCAAGAUUUGUAAAGUAUGAAGUAAGGGAUUUCCUUACUGAUAAUAAAAGGUUUCUCGAAUUGCCUCUGA